GCUAUCUGAGGCAGCGGCAGUUCCCCUGCGCGCUCUCUCUCCUGCAGGCUCAUACACAUACACACUCUUAAACCAAUAGGAUACCAGACACACAUUCACAUACUCCUAUACUUACAAUCUGCAGCUGCAGGCACAGACAUACACUCACACACGAUCGCAUGCAUCUAGACAGUUUCUGAGUUCAUAUCGGAGGCAGUUGCAGACACUUUCACUUUACACACACACUUUCUCCUUUACAAAUCUCACAGAAAAAUGAGGACGAUUGUGCUUUGCUUUUGUACCAGUCUCUUGCUUACAGCCACCUUGGUGCUGCGCACCAGCCGGGCAGCAGACUUCCCCGCAAACUCACACCAGAGAUGGGAUGCAAGAGGAACCUACUCUUUGGGAUCUGAGUCUGGUACCCCCACCUCCUGCCCCAUGAAACUGAGACCCUCGGGCCAAUGUGUGAGCUCUGGGGCCGGGGCAGAGGAGGGGGAGGACUGCCCUUACCAGCUCACCCUGCCUCCGCUCACCAUCCAGCUGCCCAAGCAGUUCAGGCUGUUGGAGAAGACGAUGAAGGAGCUGCAGAGCCUGAAGGAGGUGGUCAACAAGCUGAAGAGCGGGUGCCAGGAGUGCCGUGGAGCACGGGGCAAUGGGGCUUUUGGACAACAGCAAGCUGACCAGGGGCAGACACAUGUGUCAACACAGAGGGAAGCCGGGGAAGAAGGACAGGAGGUGCAAAGUGCGUCCAGCCAAGAGGAGAGGGGAGAGGAUACGGUCCCUGGAGCUACUGUGGAUGUUGCUGGACCAGGGCAAGGUUCUAUUUUUGGGAAGAUUACACCGAGCACUAUGCAGGAGAUGCAGGUAAAGCUAAAUAGGAUGUCUGCCAGCCUGCGCAAUGCCAGGAGCCACAUCUCGGCACUGCAGGGUCGCCUGGAGGGGCUCAACCUGCUCAACAUGGACAAUGUGCAGGCUAUGGUGGACAGGCAGGUGGAGAACAUCACUGGAGUGGUCAACAAGCUCAGCUCAACCUGCACCACUGCAUGUCCAGUCCAGAAUGCUCCUCAGUUCAUCAUGGCCCCUCGGGAGUGUUCAGACUACAAUGUGCUGGAGGUGAGGAAGAACGGUGUGUAUCGUGUGACCCCUGAUCCCCGCAACGGCACAUUUGAGGUAUUUUGUGACAUGGAGUCCUUUGGAGGUGGAUGGACUGUGAUACAACAACGACUCGAUGGAUCUGUCAGCUUCAACCGCACUUGGGCUGAGUACAAGAAAGGUUUUGGCAACCUCAGAGGUGAGUUCUGGCUGGGCAAUGACCAUAUCCACUUGCUGACUAAAGCCAAAGACAUGAUCUUGCGCAUCGAGCUGGAGGACUUUGAGGGUGUUCGAGAGUAUGCAAAGUACGACCAGUUCUAUGUGGCCAAUGAAUUCCUACGCUACCGGCUAUCUAUUAGUGGAUACAGUGGGACAGCUGGGAAUGCCAUCAGUUUCAACAAGCACUUCAACCAUGACCAGAAGUUUUUCUCCACACCCGACCACGACAACGACAUGUAUCCCUCCGGAAACUGCGGUGCCUACUACAGCUCAGGCUGGUGGUUCGAUGCCUGCAUGUCCGCCAACCUCAACGGAAAGUACUAUCACAAGAGGUACAAGGGAGUCAGGAAUGGGAUCUUCUGGGGAACAUGGCACAACAUGUCAACGGAGUACUACCCAACCAACUACAGGCAGGCCUUCAAAACUGUCAAGAUGAUGAUACGGCCCAAGAAUUAUGCUCCGUAAGAGGACAGGUAAAUAUUCAUGAGUGCAGUCAGAUGGACAGAUAGAUGGACAGACACAAAGACAGUCAGAAAAUGGAAGAAGAAGUAGACUCAGAAACUCACACACAGGCACAUAGUCAUGCAUUUGCACACAUUUAAACAUCCAUACGUGCACACCAAAAAAUAAGUCCUAUAGACAGUUUGAAUGCAGUAAUAACAAAAGUAAUUGUGAAAAAAAAAAUAACUGUGCUAUUACUUUUUUCCACUGUAGUGAGUGUGGCCUUCAAAAUUUUAGAUUAAAAUGGUAAUAAUAAAGGACAAUGGACUAUGAACAAUGAUGGACCAAUAAAAAAAAACAUGCAGUGUAAAGGCCAACCUCCUACAGGGGCUAUAAUAUUAUACGGAGGGUUACCCUAAGAGACUUUUCAUUGUGUCUCUGACAUUUCUUCACUUUCUGUCCUGCAGCCUCCUGCUAUAAACCCAGCUGAGACACACCACAGCACACAGCAGUAGUAAAAACUAAUGAGAUAUCAUUUUCUCUACUCUAAAUGGCUUAAUAAUUAACAGCAGCCACUCAAGUGAGGUAUAUGAGAGUUAAUGAUACAGUAUUAUACAGGGUCUGAAAUUAAUUGGCAUAGACUUCAUGCAGGGUACAGAGUCAAACUGUUAAAAAAAAAAAAUACAGGAAGUGAGAGCCAACACUUAUGUCUUCUGUGUCGUUUAUUUAAUUACACUGGGACACUUUGCUAAUGUAUCAUCAUCUUUUACAAUAUAAAACAUCCCAGCAUAAAUAUGCAGACUGUGAUAAAUUUCUAUCGGAUCAUCCCCAAGCACAUUCUGCAUUAUUGAUGCUUUAGUAAAUUCUUCUUGACAGCAGCCACAGAGCAGGACACUGCUGCAAGAAAAAAAAGAAAAGAAAAAGAAACUACUGCUCAUCUUUGGAUGCCAUGCACCAUAUUCACAUGGU